AUGACGCAAUUAAUGACUCGAUAUGCUACGUAUAUAUUUCAGAUAUCUGUCACAUCGGUUGACGCAACAAAUAAAUCGUUAGUCUCACUCUUCGAGAUAUUCACCAAUCGUGUUCUCCAGCAAAUUCAACAGAUGAUAUCGUAUCUGCUGAACGGAUACCUGACCGCGAUAUGUGUUGUCAUGGGUGUUAUUUUGAAUAUCCUUUGCAUAUUCGUCUUUUUGCGAUAUCGACGCGGUAGCACACCAGUGAUACAGUACUAUUUAGUAACAUUAACAAUUUGGCAAACAGCUUUGCUAUGUAAUGCAUUUUUGUUGUAUUCGCUUCCCACACUGAUUUACGGGCGUGUGGUAGCAACGGGAUAUUACGUUUACUUAUAUCCAUUCGUGUAUGCACUUGCGAACACGACGCAUACGGGUUCGGUAUGGGUUGUCUUGACGUUGACCGUUGAUCGAUAUCUAGCUCUGUGUAGACCGCUCACGCAUCGUGCCAUUGGAAAACGAAGUCGCGUGAAACGUUUGAUGAUCGCUGUUUCUAUAUUGGCCGUUAUCUUCUCGGCGCCAAGAUUUUUUGAAGUUCAUGUUAUCGAACAUUGUGUCAUUGAUCCGCAAAAUGCAACUGACGUCUUGUGCAUGCCAGCGAUUAGUCGUACUAAACUACCUGAGAAUCAUACCUACUGGAGUGUUUAUCACAUUAUACUCGCAAUGUUAUUCGUUACGCUGGUACCUUGUGUGCUACUUUUCUGGCUUACGCUCACCAUAUCGAUGGCUUUAAGAAGAGCUAUUAUGAAGAGAAAGACUCUGUGUGCACCAAAUGCGGAUCUUGAUGGACGAAAUAAAAAUAAUGUUCCAUCCCGAAAAGAGCACAAAUCGAAUAUAAUGCUAGUCCUGGUUAUAGCUAAAUUUCUUUUCUCAGAUAUUCUUCCCACUGUUGCCGACGUUCUGGAGCAUAUUGUUGGUGAUUACGUCUUUAUGACCUCAUCAUUGGCAACACUAUUCGUAGACUUUAGUAAUUUCUUAUUGGUCUUGAAUUGUUCUACCAAUUUCUGGGUAUUCAUUAUUUGGGGAAAGAGAUUCAGACGGUCGUGUAGACAGAUGCUUAUAAGCACUGAAUGCGGUCGUAUUCUAUUCAAAGGGGCACAACUUGGACAUGGGCAGGAGGUGAUUACAACUUGUAAUCCACAGUCAAGUUAUACAACGAUGAUGAACACUUGUGCUAAAUGGACUGAAUUGUAUAGGAAAGGAAGUAGUGGAAAUACAGGCAAUUUAUUCCGAAGAAGUGUGGCAGAAUCGGCGAUAACGAUCAUUCCGUGCGAGCACAACCGUUUGACUCCAGCAUGCCGAUAUGGUACGUCAGGUCAAUGGGACGAAUACGAUCGUGCCAGAAUGCUCGCCUUACUCGCAAAACAGGAUCAUCGUAAUUUUACAUGA